CAUUUGCACAAAGUGUUUUGUGCCUGUUGGUUCUCUUGUCCUGUGAAUUUAAUUAUAAUUUAAUUCACAAUUAGUUUAUAAACUAUAAUUUAAGUACUGAUAACAUUGUGUUAGUCAACAAUUUGUACAGAAAGCACGGGCCGUUCCUUAAUUGUAACAAAUACUAACUAAUUGUUACAGAAACGUGUAUCACCAGUGGAAACUGUAAUUUGAAUCAAAAUGACUCGCAAAGGAGAGAUCAUACUGUUCACCUCGUUGGUUCUGUGUUCAUUCGCUUCAGCCUUUGAUUUUGACAUUUACAAUGUGACAAAAGCAGAGAGACCAGGAUACGUAAUAGUGACCAACAAAAAUGGUGAUACAGUAUAUAUGUCUGAGGAGCUGAUGAGGAAACUAAACGAUGAGUUGGAGACGUGGCACUGGACGCCCUGGCUGAGGACCAGGACUGCGGUGCAGAACAACCAGGUUCAGGAAGAGUGUGCCGCCGAGAACUCUGUCGACAGCUUCCCAGAAUCUAUAUUUACUGAUGAUCAGUUACGGCAAGGCGCGUUUCUUCUGUACGUACUUUUUGGUAUCUACGCUUUCACGUUGCUAGCCAUUGUCUGCAACGACUACUUCAUCCCUUGCGUGGAAUUCAUUUGCGAGGAUCUGAAAAUACCGCAGAACGUGGCUGCAGCCACAUUCAUGUCGGUGGCGACAUCAUGUCCCGAGUUCUUCGUGAAUGUGAUCUCCACCUUUAUCACCGAGUCGGACAUGGGCAUUGGAACGAUCGUCGGCUCGGCUAUAUUCAAUGCACUCGGUGUUGCUGCCAUCGGGGGGCUCGCUGCUAUCGCGCCAAUUAAAAUUGAUGCUGCCCCUGUAACGAGAGAUGUGAUCAUCUAUAUGAUCAACGUGGGCGUGUUGGUCGCUAUCGUGUGGGACGGGCAGGUAGACUGGUACGAGGCUGUGGCGUUGGGUGUCCUCUACAUACUAUACUUCGUUGUCAUGUUCAACAGCAUGCGUCUUUUCCGCUUGAUGGACAAAAUAAUUGCGAAAUGUUGCAGAAGUAACAGCGCGGACAUUUCAGAAACUGCUGUGGUUGCUAAUGAAAUCAAUAAAUCCGUAGAAGAAGGCAUUGAUAACAAGGCAUUUGAACACGGAAGCAUUGCGAACGGAAUCAAUUUGGAAAAACCAAUGGUCGUUGAUGGUAAAGAGGAUUCCGUUAUUGAAAAACCGCCGAAAUCAGUAUGGAGGUUCCCGAUGCAAAAUUCAUUGGUGUAUAGGAUAUGGUGGGUGUAUACCUGGCCGUUAAAGUUCUUAUUGACAAUGACGAUCCCGUCUCCGAUAACCUGCAGAAGAUUUUACCCCCUCGCAUUCUUCAUGUGCAUUGUCUGGAUCGGAGUGAACUCGUACUUUGUCUCUUGGAGCAUGACUGUUAUAGGGAAUACUUUCUUCAUUCCGGAGUCUGUGAUGGGAAUGACGUUUUUGGCAUUUGGAGGCUGCUUACCUGAGGCUUGCUCAAUAUUCAUCAUGUCUAGAAGAGGUGAAGGAGGUAUUGGUGUUUCGAACGCCCUGGGGGCGAAUUCUUUAGCAAUCCUGUUCGCUCUGGGCGUUCCAUGGCUGAUCAGGACAGUCGCGCUCGAGGUGCAGGGUGCCGAGCAGACGGCAGUGCUCAUCAACUCUAGCGGUAUCGACUUCGUGGUCGGCUCCCUCCUCGUCGUCGCCUGCUGCUUGUGGAUCACGCUGUUCAUCGGAAAGUUCACGCUCAGAAAAAGCAUUGGUGGCGUCUUCACCUUACUCUACCUCUUCUUCAUCACGUUCGCCAUCCUCGUCGAGAUGGGCAUUAUACUGGACCGCGAGGACGCCUUCUGUUGAAAAUUUAUUUAAAAAUAUUUGAGGCUAGUUCACAAAGUGAGAUUAUGAAAUUUGAGCAUUUCUUUUACGCAGUUCCUGUGAUGUUUAUUAUUUAUAUUUUACAAAUCAAGUAAUUUGUUCUGUUAUUGUUAUUUGAGUCAGUACUUACCUGUAGUAUUAGUACAGAUAACAAGUUAGCUGUGUUGGAGAGGAAUGAAAGAAUUGUUGGAAAUUAGAUUAGAUCUGAUUAUUUUACAAUCGCUUUGUAUAGUCAGGCAUAAAGUACCGUGCGUAUUGACAUUUUUAAGUUUGCGCUCAAUGCGCAAUGCGCAAACACAAACAAGUAUAACUUAAUGAGGUGCAUUAGACGAAAGAUUAUUAUGACAGGCAAAAUGCAUUUUGUUAAAUAACGACAAGGAAAAGUUGUAUAUUGUUGUUAUAAGUAGUAAGUAAUUAUAAAUGUUAAAUAGUUUAGUAAGUACUUACAUAACAGAUAGUAUCCUAUUAGUGCGUUGCUAAUUAUCUUAAUUAAUUCGAUCAUAAUGUAGCAGAUAAACACAUUGCUUUUCUUAAACACCAGAUUUAUCUGUAAAUACAUCAAAUGUCAAUUACUACUUAAUGUUUGGAUACAACACAAGACAUUCCGUUAUAGUAGUACUAAACAGUCUGUACUAAAAGAUAAUUAAAAUAUAAAACUGAGUUCCAAAAAUAUCAUCUACUUACGUAUUAAUGUUAAGACUAAGACAAGUAGAUUAGAAAUUAAAAGAAGACCAAAUAAAGUACUUAAUAUUUA